GUUCUUGCGUGGCGUUAAACCAAACCAUUCAACAAUAUCCACCACCUGCCGGUGACGCAGCAACUCGUGACGGUACCGUUUCUCUCUCUCUCAGGGUUUACUUCAACAACCACAAAAACCUCUUCAAUUCAAUCCAGAUUUUCGAUUUUCGAUUUUCGAUUUCGCAAUCCAAACAAGGAAUAACGCGGAAUCGAUUAUCUCUGCAAUUUGCGAUUCCGAUUUGUUGAUUUUCGAUUUGACUUUUUUUGCUUCACGCGCUUCGUUUUCCGAUUCACGCGCUUUUCGAUUCAAGGUUACUGUUACAUAGACUGAUUCGUGUUUCGUUCAAUCGAAUUGGAGAUUCAGUUUCAUUGCAGUAAUCGUCAUGACUCAGGCUGUGCAAGCGUUGAGUCGUUACGGAACGGAUUUUGUUGCGGAAGGGAGGGGUUCGGGUUCAGAUGCGGAGUGUUUAGGUGGUUUUGAAUGUUUUCUGAACAUUGUGAGGGCUUUGGGGAUGGGAUCUUGUAUAUCGGAGGUUGGUGCUGGUGGUUCGCCGCCUCUGCUAACUUAUUCGCAGGAAUUGAAUGUUGAUGGGAAGAGGAAGAGGAUAAGGGGGUCUUCUACCAUGGAUUAUAAGGUGCCUGGGAGGAUGUUCUUGAAUGGGUCAAGUGAUGUUGCUUCUAUGUAUUGUAAGCAAGGAAGGAAAGGAGUCAACCAAGAUGCUAUGCUUGUUUGGGAGAACUUUUGUUCGAAGGAGGACACCAUUUUUUGUGGUGUUUUUGAUGGUCAUGGACCUUAUGGCCAUAGGGUUGCAAAAAAAGUUAGGGAUUCUUUCCCUUUAAAGCUUGGUGCACAGUGGGAUUUGCAUCUUAAGAAUGAAGAUGGAUUCAGUAAUCAAAAUGGUGCUGCCACAAGUUAUAAUUCUGAAGAGCAAAUUAGACAGGUCGGUGAGAACUUUGAUCAUGAGCUCGAUGGAUCAAAUGCUAUCUUGGCAUUAAGAGAAUCCUUUUUGAAGGCUAGCAAGAUUAUGGACAAAGAACUGAAACUGCACCGUGAUAUUGAUUGCUUUUGUAGCGGGACUACAGCAGUCACCUUGAUCAAGCAGGGGCUGAAUCUUGUUAUUGCAAAUGUGGGGGAUUCAAGAGCUGUAUUGGGAACCCGAGAUCAUGCCGAUUCUCUUAUUGCUGUUCAGUUGACCAUUGACCUUAAGCCUAAUCUUCCAAAGGAAGAAGAGAGGAUUAGGCAUCGUAAAGGAAGGGUGUUUUCUCUUAAGAAUGAACCUGAUGUGUCUCGGGUUUGGCUGCCUAACUCCGAUUUCCCAGGUCUGGCUAUGGCACGGGCUUUUGGAGAUUUUUGCCUAAAGGAUGUUGGAUUGAUUUCUGUUCCAGAUGUCUCAUAUCACCGCCUUACAGAGAAGGAUGAAUUUGUUGUGUUAGCAACAGACGGGAUUUGGGAUGUUUUAUCAAAUGAAGAAGUUGUGGAGAUUGUGGCAUCUGCACCGCAGUCUACUGCCGCUCGAAUACUGGUUGAGUCAGCUGUUCAUGCUUGGAGGACAAAAUUCCCUUUCUGUAAAGUUGAUGAUUGUGCUGCAGUGUGCCUCUUCCUCAAUUCAGAUUCAGAGUCGAAGGCCGAUGAUAAUACCACAGACAAGUCGAUGCCAGAUGCAACAACGGACCCAGUUGAUCAAUCAUCUCUACCUAGCGAGAAUGGAAUUGGAGUGGAAGCUGAAAAACCGCAGUGAUUGUAUAGCUUCUGUGCCAUAUCUCUUCCCAAUCCUUUUUUAAUUUAGAAGUCUGGGAAAAUUGUGCUAUAGCAGUCAAAGAGAACCAAUAUUCUUUUCAUUAUUUAUCUUUCAUUUUCAUGGACAGCAUUUGAUGGGCGAGGUUGGAGGAGUUUAAUAUAUGUUUUGCAUCCGGAGGAAAAGGGGUACCGGGCUUAUUUUUUGUGCUAGAGGUCAUUUUCCUUCUCUCUGUAUAGGUUGAUUUGGAGUUUUUGUAAAUCCAAAUCUCUAGAUACACAUUAUAUAGUUUGUCCGGUGAUUAUCUUUUCUGUCGUCAUUUUGAUUUGCAUCAUUUGUAGUUACAUUACAUCUUUUUCCAAUUUAGACAGUAAGCUAGAACUUACAAAAAUUGGAGUUAUUGGUUAAUGGUUAUGAACUAUUCAAUAAGGUCUUUUUAUUGACA